AUGGCACACGUUCGCCGGGCGACGACGUCGCCCCGCUUCGCCACCGACAUACUUCAAAAACCGGCCAGGUGCGCUCUAUUGAUAACUUUUCAUCAGUUGAGUCCUAUAUCAGUUGAUAGAUCAUGGAAUGAGCUUUCUGAAAAUGUAGAUUUUGUUGAGAAAGGAUGAUUUUGAGUGAAGAUAUGAUUUUUUGAAGUUGACCAUCUUUUGAGUUGUACAAGAUUUUUAGUUUUUGUUGUUUGAAACACUUAUUUUUUCUCUCGAUUUCCAAAAUUUUCUCCAUUUUUCAUACUUCUCACGAAAUUUUCUUUAAAUUAACAAAAUUUAUAAGAAAUUCAGUUCAAGAGCAGCCAUGUGGCUUAAAAAUAGCCGUCUUGUUUUUGGGAAAAAAAAAAUUUUUCGUGAGUUUUCUGUUUCAAAAAUCUUUAUUUUUUUGGUACCAAUUUUGGAUUUUUUUCGUUAUACCCUUUGCUUUUCCAGACUGUUGUAAAUUUCAAAAAUCAGGAUUUUUGAAAUAUUUUUUUCAAAAAAAUCUUAAAACCGUUCAGUUUUUCUCUGUCAAAAGACCUGUGAAAAAAAUUCGGUAAAUUGGGAUUCGCCAUCUUUUUUCGAUAGGAAAUGAUAAAAAAAUGAGUUUUUUUCAAAUGAGGUAUUAAGAAAAUUUCAAAAAAAUUAUGAAGCCCAGGCUUGACUUUAUCGCAAAACUUCGACCUUUCCGACAUUACAGUUUCAAAUUAUCUAUGUUAAAAAAAGAAUAAUUUUCGAUAGUUUCCGUGUCUAAGCGCUAUAACUAUAGUGAUUUUUCUAUGAGAAAAAAAAAGCAAUUUUUCGUUUUGAUCUAUCAAAAAACGGAAAAAAAAAUAAAAUAAACGCCGCCGACGUAACAUUAAAGACGCGUGUGGAUAGCCGACGGGGGAGCGCGUAAACCGGUUCUCGUCGGAUGCAACAAAACAGUCGUUCCGAUCGCCAAUGGCCAAAAAUUCCACCGCCAGCUUGAUGAUGGCUAGUGGGACUUUGCACCCUAAAAGAAACUUCCUGUGGCGAUUUUUGAGGGUUUCGAAAUUUUCUGGUUUGAAAGGAACUUGUGUUUUUUCCAGCAAAAAAAAAAACUCAGAGUUCACCUUGACUUUUCGCUGCACCCGACUUUCUCCUAUUUUCGCGAAAAGCUAUAGAUAAAAACGUUAUAGAGCGCGUUAUUGGCUCAGUUUGAAACAUAGAAAAGCGCGUAAGUCGCUAAGAGUCGGGCGCAAAAACACCUAUUCCGGUUUAAGACAUUUUCUCUGUGACUAUGGUUUUAUUAGUUGAAGCAGUUAGGUUAUCAAAAUAGGUAUCUCUGAUUUUUUUCCUUUAAAAGCCGUGGUCGCAUUUGGAAUGGCUCAAUGCGUUGCGGCUGCGAAGCGGUUGGUAUUUUAGGACACCGGACCAUUAGGCGAUUUGCGCACGACUGCAUCGGGAAGCUUAAACUUGAGCCGCAGCGCGACCGCAACACGUUGAGCCAUUCCAAAUGCGACAAAGGCUAUAAUAUGAGCAAAAGUUCUGCAAGAAGGUCAAAAAAUCCUGCAAAAGAACACUCCCAAUCGGCAAAAAAACGAGUUUUUUUGCAACUGGUUCUUCUAUGUGAUCAUGAUAGUACAUAUUAACAGUCAUUCUCUCUUUUUUGAUCACUUUUUUCAAAUUUCUAUGUUAAUUAUUGUUUUUAAAAAAAUUAGAUAAGGAGCCGAAUUCUUGAAGUUGGUUAGUUUGAAGAAAAUUAAUUUGAAGGUUUUUUUGACCAUUUUUUUCAGCCUCUUUUAUUUCUUUUUUUCAAAAUGUUCAAAAAAAGAAAGUUAAUUUCAGUCAUCAUCCACACGCAAAAUUGUUUUCAAAUGUUUUUCUAUAUAAUAAUUAUCUUCAAUGACGUCACUAAAAUAACUCUUAACUAACCCCUUCAUGGAACGAAAGCCUGCAAAUACUAGUUGUCAAUUGUUAGAACUCUAUAAGAAAAAGGCACUUAUUAAUUUUCAAAUCUGACCCCUAUAGCGACCACUUGAGCUUUAGGGGCUCAGAAGUCUAAACCCCUAGAGGGACCACUUAAAGUUCACCCCUAUAUAGAGCACUUUUUCGUCCCCUUUAGGGGCUUUUUUGUCUAAACCCUAUAGGGACCACUCUCCUAGGCUCGUCGGAAGAAAAAUGGGGAAGAUUUUUUGAAUUCCUCAAGUAGAUUAUUCAGAAUCGCUUUCGUAAGCGUCUGACUCGAAACUCCCAAAAAGGUCAUGAAAUAGCCAAUUUGAGACGUAGUCCUUCAAGACGAGGAAAUGAGGCUCAUUAUGGAAAGCCUUAUAAAGAUCCCAGUUCUCAGGAUCCUGGGGCAGAUGAGGCUGGAGGAGCUGGCGACGGUGGUCGUCGUCGCUGGCGCCGUCUUCUUCCAGAAUCUCCCGUUCGGCGUUACGAUCACCAUCCUCGUCUCGUUGUACGUCGCCGUCGUCUAUGGCGACUUCAUCUACCGGUCUUAUCUGACCUUGAAUCGCGACUUGACGUCAGUUUUCAUUUUGAUUAGAAAGUGAUUUGGAAAAAAUAUCUUGAUGACGUCAUUUCAAGCUUGAUGACGUCAUCUUCAGCACGAUGAUGUCAUUUUUAGCAUGAUGACGUCAUUUUGAGCUUGAUGACGUCAUUUCAAGCUUGUUGAUGUCAUUUUUAGCAUGAUGACGUCAUUUUGAGCAUGAUGACGUCAUUAAAAAGAGUUCAAUGAAUUUCAUCGAUAUUUUAAAAAAAUUAAAAAGUCGAUUACUGUUUUUUCAACGGUAAUGACGUCAUUAGAGGCUUUUCUUGGACUCUACUUGAAAUAAUAAAAAAUAUAUAUAGACAAAUGACGUCACUUUUUUUUGAUGACGUCAUUUUAAGCUUGAUGACGUCAUUUGAAGGGUUAAGAUAAUUUUUUCGGAUUAAGAAAAGUUGAAAAGCUAAGGAAUUUAUUCGUCAUUCGAUACCUUGCAUGAAACAAAAAGGCUCAAAAAUCUUCAAAAUUAAAUUAAUGACGUCAUUUCAAAAAUUGAUGACGUCACUUUGAAAAUCAUUUUUUUUCGCUGAAAAUAACUUUGCCGUGUAAAAUUUGUAUGACGUCACUUUUGAGCUUUAUGACGUCAAAAAAAUUUUUAUAAGGUUUUUUGAGCUUUUGAAGCGUUAGAGUCGUUUCAAAAGCCCAUGACGUCAUAAUAAAUUUAAUGACGUCACCUUGAAGUUUCUGAAGUUAAUGACGUCAUUUUGAUCAUUUUUUUCAUUUAACGACGUCAUUUUAUAAAUUUUCAGAGGCCUCGCACUUAUUCUCAACGUCAAGUUCGACUUGUGGUACCGGUUACACCAAAAUAAGGGCAUUCACGAAAUUUUCCUCGGCGUUGUUAGGAGGUUUCCCGGCUUUUUUUUUGUUAAAGAUUGGAAAUGACGUGGUCGCACGGGGAAUGGCUCGAGGCGUCGCGGUGGCGAUGCGGUUCAGCUUUAUAGUUGGCAGCACUUUACGUUGCCCUGGUGCGCAAACCGUUUUGAGUCGGGUGCAAUUGCUUUGCAGCCGCUACCCGUCGAACCAUUCUUCUUGCAACUUAGGAACUCCAGAGGGGACCCUAUAGGGACGUCCUAAAGGGCCCUUGGUGGUUCCCCUCUAGGGACCACUUAGCCAACCCCUGAAGCUCACAAAAGUGGAAAUUAUAUGGAUUUUAGUUAGUGGUCCCUAUAGAAGCCGUUUACCCCUUAACCUCUAUAGGGACCACUCUCAAAUUCCUAAGAACCAUAAGCUUCCAAGUCCGAAUUUUUGUAUCAUUUGAUGAAUUUUUCUGGUUGUUUUUUUCAAAUUUCGAGUUUUUAUGAAAAAAAUUGAAGUGAAUUUUAGUAAUAAAGUCGUAGUAAAUAAAAAAAUAUAUUUUUUUCUUUAGGAACGGCCCGAAAACAGCAAUGAUCGAUAUUGAAACUUCCCAGACCUACACUUUUGACGCCUUCAAUCGUCAUUGUAAUCGAUACGCCAAUCAUUUUCAGGUAAAUUCAUGAUUUUCCAAAAAACCGCGACGCAGGGUUACGCGUCGCGGCUUCUCAGUGACGUCAUGACAAAAAGUUUCAGAGCCUCGGCUAUCGAUCCGGCGACGUGGUGGCGUUGUACAUGGAGAACUCGGUGGAAUUCGUGGCCGCAUGGAUGGGAAUGGCUAAGGUUUGAUGUGCAGGGGGCUCAUGGAUUUUUAAAAGUGGUUUAACUGUUUUUGGUCGCAUUCGGAAUGGUUUAGCAAUAAUUGCUUUUUUUUUCGCCGACUCGCGAAAGUAGUAACAGGUCGGGUGCAAGGUUUAAAUUCUCAAGCGUCAAUAAUUUUUUUUUCCUCAUUCGAUUCAAAAUUCCGGAAUGACUAGCGCUUCGAAAAAACGCAAUAAUUCGCAUUUUUCCACUUUUUCAACAUUUCUCCUUACCCCAGUACGAAAGUAGUCUAGAGUCGGGCGCAGUCUUUUUAGUUUUGAGCCAUUCUAAGUGCGACCGAGACCAUUCAACACGUUUCAGAUCGGUGUCGUGACGGCUUGGAUCAACUCCAACCUCAAGCGCGAGCAGCUCGUCCACUGCAUUACCGCCAGCAAGACCAAGGCUAUUCUAACGAGUUCAACCCUUCAAAAUGGUCCGUGUUGCUCAUGUUAACUAACGUUAGCUGUUGAUUGCAGUCCUGCAAGAUGCGAUCGAUGAAGGGCUUUUCGAAGUUGGCUCAACUUCGGUUUAUGUGCUCGGCGAGCCGGCUCCAAAAUCGAAGAAUUUCGAAAAUUUGAAAGAUACCUUGAAGAUUCAGAGGACCGUGGAGCCCAAAUCGAUUGACGUCAUUGAUUUUAAAAGUGAGCUUUUGAGCUAGAGAGUGUGUGGAAAGUGGAGACGCAGACUGCUUUUGUGUCUGGUCCUUGAGAAUCAGCUCUAGGAUGCUAUUGAUUUCCAAAAAAAGGCUUUUCCAUGAGAUUUUCUCACCUUUCUCUGCGUCUCUCAAUCUCUCCACACUUUUUUGCACUUUCUCUUCGCCGGAUCCGAACCCACGACCUUUCCCCCUCACCUUAGCUCUUCCACCACUUGACCAACCCAUUUUCCAGGCAUCCUAUGCUUCAUCUACACUAGCGGCACCACCGGCAUGCCAAAAGCCGCCGUCAUGAAGCACUUCAGGUUGUUAUCAUGAGCUAACAUGAGCAACACGAAGGUUUUUGCAGGUAUUACUCGAUCGCCGUCGGAGCCGCCAAAUCUUUCGGAAUCAGAUCUUCGGAUCGGAUGUACGUCUCGAUGCCGAUUUAUCAUACGGCCGCUGGGAUUCUUGGUGGGUUUGAAGGGGUUACUUAAGGGAAAAUAAUGAUAAGAUAUCUGAAGUUCUCCUAGUUCUAGCGAUUCGGUUUUUUUCAAUUUUUUUUUUUCAACUUUCCAACAUCUUCGUAGUCAAUUAGAGGCAUAUGGCCAAUGAAAAAAUGCAAGUUGUUGAGCUUCUCAUUUUUUUAGAUUACGGUAGGCAACUUUCUGUAAACCAACCUUUUGGCGCGAAGUAAAAAUUGAAUUUUUCUCAUAAAAUCCAAAAUUUACCCUGUUUCCAAGUACACUUCUUAAAAUCCGAGGGGAAUCCCUAAAAAAUUACUUAGGAAAGCCAAAGUGGCCCCUAUAGGGGCAACCUGGUUCCCCUCUAGGGACUACUUUACGUCCCCCUAUAGAAGGCACUUGAGCAUCUUACAAAUACGUCAUUUUGAUCUUCAACUUCGAAAAAAAAAUUAAAAAAUCCCUAUAAGGGCCACUUAAGCUUUAGGGGCUUAGGCUUAGGACUCUGAACCCCUGUAGGGACCACCUGGAUUUUACCCCUAUAGGGACUACUUUUUUGGUCCCUAUACGGGCUAUGUUUUCCUUCAACCCCUAUAGGGACCACUUGGGCUUAAGGAGGUGGGAAUUCAGACCCUGAACCCCUAUAAGGACCACCUAAAUUUGACCCCUUUAGGAACUACUUUUCCGGUCCCUGUAGGGGUUGUUUUUCCCCUAACCCCUAUAGGGACCCCUUAGGCUUUAGGAGAGGCAGUUAGUACCUGAACCCCUAUUAAGGGCCACCUAACUUUACCCCUAUAAGAAGAACUUUUUCUUCUAACCCCUUUAGGGACCACUUAAGGGAUUUAAUGCUCAGACCCUGAACUCCUAUAGAGACCACCUAAAUUCUACCCCUAUAGGGGCCACUUAGGCUCAAGGAAGUGGAGAUUCAGACCCUGAACCCCUACAAGGACUACCUAAAUCUCACUCCUAUAGAGAGCACAUUUUCCCCCAACCUUGUAGGGACCACUUAGGCUUGAGGAGCUUGACAGUCAGACCCUGACCCCCUAUAGGGAGUUCUUUUUUGGUCCCUGUAGGGGCUGUUUUUCCUUUGGCCCCUAUAGGGACCACUUGAGCUUCAGGGUCUUGUCUUAAGACCCUGAACCCCUAUAAGGACCACCUAAAUUUGACUCCUAUAGAGCGCACUUUUAUCUCUAACCCCUAUAGGGACCACUUGAGCUUCAGGGUCUUGUCUUAAGACCCUGAACCCCUAUAAGGACCACCUAAAUUUGACUCCUAUAGAGCGCACUUUUAUCUCUAACCCCUAUAGGGACCACUUGAGAUUCAAUGACUUGGCAGUUAGCCCCUGAAUCCCUAUAAAGACCACCUUAAUGUUACCCUUAUAAGGAGCACUUUCUCCUCGAACCCCUAUAGGGACCACUCUGGUCUUCCACCUCAUUUUUUUUCCAGGAGUCGGCCAAGCGCUCCUCCGCGGCUCCUCCUGCGUGAUCCGGAAAAAGUUCUCGGCGAGCAACUUCUGGAAAGACUGCGUCAAGUACAACUGCACCGUGUCGCAGUACAUCGGCGAGAUUUGCCGAUACCUUCUGGCGCAGCCGGUUGUUCCGGAAGAGGAGACCCAUCGGAUGCGGCUCCUCGUCGGGAAUGGCUUGAGGGCCGAGAUUUGGCAGCCGUUCGUCGACCGGUUCAAAGUCCGGAUCGGAGAACUCUACGGUUCCACUGAGGGCACCUCGACUUUGGGUUAGAUUUUGGUUAUUCUCAAAAUUAUUCUUGGAGCCGAAAAAAAUGAAAAUAAUUUUCACAAAUAGAAUUUUGAAGCUGUUCUCUUUUCCCACGAAAUAAGCUUUUGACAAUAUUUUUUUGGGUGAGAUUUUUGGAUCAAUUUUUUGAAGAUUCUUUAAAAAAAUAGUCGUUUUAGACCCUCAAAAAAAUGGAAAUAAUUCUUAAAAAAAUAGAUUUUUUUAAAGCUAUUCACUUUUCCCACAAAACAACCUUUUCACAGCAUUUUUUUGACCUUUUCCGAUUUAUUUUUUGCUUUUUUUGAUGACGUCAUCUGAAAAUCGCCAGCUGAUUCACGGCUGGCUUGAACUAUCGAGAAAAGGGCCCUGACACGAUUAAUAAAAAAAGAGAGUGCGUGGUUGGUUGAGAGCGCAGAGAGGGCCACGCCCCCUAAGUGUCCCGAGCCAGGCGUGAUUUCAAAUGACGUCAUCAAUUUUCGCACCGAAAAUUAUCGAUUUUUAUCUCACAGAGCACCAAAAGUGACAUCGUAUUCUCGACUUUUUUUCUGAAGCUCUACUUCUUUUGAAGCUUCUGGACGUUAUUUGAAAAUCCUUAAGGGGUCCUUUAAACCUUUCCAUGACGUCAACGAAUUUUCGAAAUUCCAGUGAACAUCGACGGCCACGUCGGCGCCUGCGGAUUCCUGCCCAUCUCGCCGCUCACCAAAAAAAUGCACCCAGUAAGGCUCAUCAAGGUCGAUGACGUCACCGGCGAAGUGAUCCGAACACCGGAUGGACUGUGCGUCGCUUGCAAUCCUGGUCACGCCCCCUUCCGUUGCUCAUGUUUGUCGAGGUUACAGGCGAAUCCGGCGCGAUGGUCUCCACGAUCCGGAAGAACAACCCUUUGCUACAGUUCGAGGGGUAUCUGAACAAGUCGGAGACGAACAAGAAAAUCAUUCGCGACGUCUUCAGCCGCGGCGACAGCUGUUUCUUGACUGGUUCGGAUAAUUUAUUUGCCAGGGGGUGAUGAUAAUGAUAAUAGUCGAUUCACUGUCAUCCACAUAAAAAAAUAAUAGAAUUCUUCAAAAAAAAAAAAAUUAAAAGAAGGAAAGGAGAACCCAUAGGUGCAGAUUUUCACGCUGAUUCUGAAUCUGGGCUUAAACAUUGUCGAGGAGUUCUGUGAAAAAAGAUAAAGUCCGUUUUUUGCGACUCGGGCAGGACUUCUCUGCGCCCUCCUCAUCUCUAGACGUCCCUCUCAUUUUCACGUGCUGUCUCCAUGCUUCUCUGACCUCGCUGGUGAGGGAACAGAGAGACGCAGACACUCAAAAAGUUUCCAGUCGCGUCGAAGGGACUAUAGUCUCUAUCUUAUAUUUGUCUGUUUUCUCUGCUCCCUCUCAUUUUCACGUGCUGUCUCCAUGCUUCUCUGACCUCGCCGGUGAGGGAACAGAGAGACGCAGACACGCGAAAACUGUCAAGUCGCGGCGGACAAACUAAAAUAAAUAUUUUUGACUCUCGGAAGGAAAAUAGGCUUGAGCCAUCGAUAAAAGGGCUUGACACGAAGAAAAAGAGAUAGUGCUUGAUAGGUGGAGAGCGCAGACAGGCCACGCCCCUUGAGUAAAAGCCACGCCCUUUAAGUGCAAGCCACGCCCCCUUAAGUGUCCCAAGCUAGCCGGCAGCUCAGAAGGAACCGAGUAGAACUUUUUUAAAAGAAAAUCUGAACCAAAAUAUUUUUUUUCGAACAUUUUUGCCAUGCUAACUGGGACUGCGGUAUGCGUCCCGGACGUUUUUGAGCGUCCUAGGGAUCACCUUAGAGUGAUUAUAAUCCUAAAAUGGUCCCUAUAAAAGCUCCGGGCUGCCAAGGUCCAAGUAAGACAUAACUGGGAGCAAUUUUUCAACUUUGAACGGUUAUAGUCUAUUCAGAUUUUCAAUGUCAAGUGCAAUGACGUCAUUCAAAAACACUAUGUGGAUGGCUCGCUCUCUGAUUGGUUUAUCGCAAUUUUAGGGGCGGAGCUUGAGCAACGUCUUGACAUUCAAAAUCUGAACAGACUAUAUACCUUUUUCACAGACCUCUAAUGCAUUUUCGAAGUGAAAAUUAGAAAUCAGCGUGAAAAGUUUUGCCUAGAGAACGUCUAUCCCUUCCCGAAGUCUCUCUUUGAUUUCGUCUCGAGACCUGCAAGAACCCCUAACUUUACAGGAGACCUGCUCCACUGGGACCGCCUUGGCUACGUCUACUUCAAGGACCGAACCGGCGACACGUUCCGUUGGAAGGGCGAGAACGUGAGCACGACCGAGGUCGAGGCGAUCCUCCAUCCGAUCGCCGGAAUCUCCGACGCGACCGUUUACGGCGUCCAGGUGCCGGGUCGUGAAGGUCGCGCCGGCAUGGCUGCCGUCGUCCGCGGUGACCUCACUCUCGACGCUUCGGAUGAUGACGUCGUCGAGAGGAUCGGCGGCAGAUUGGCCGCCUCGUUGGCUCCAUACGCCAUCCCGCAGUUCAUUCGUCUUUGUGAAGACGUCGAGAAGACUGGUGGGUGUAUAAGUCUAUUCGUCAUAGUUUUCUGAGGCUAUUAAAGGCGCAGAGGCGCGUUUGAAAAAUGAUUUUGAACUGAAAAGUGCUCAAAAAGCGCUUUGAAAGUCCAUUCAUAACUACUUUGUGAGGUCUUUAAAGGCGCAGAGGUUUUCUUGAAAAAUGGUCUUGGACUGGAAAAUUUUGAUGACCUAAAAGCGCUCUGAAAUUCCAUUCAUAACUACUUUUUGAGGCUAUUAAAGGCGCAGAGGUUCGUUUGAAAAAUGGCUUUGGACUGAAAAAUGCUCCAAAAGCGCUCUGAUCGUCCAUUCAUAGGCUUUUAAAGGCGCAGAGGUGUGUUUGAAAAAAGGUUUUGAACUGAAAAAUGCUCUGAAAGCGCUCUGAAAGUCCAUUCAUAAAGUUCUUUAAAGGCGCAGAGGUGCAUUUAGAGAAUGGUUUUGGACGGAAAAUUCUCCAAAAGUCCUUUGAAAUUCCAUUCAUAACUUCUUUCUGAGCCCUUUAAAGGCGCAGAGGUUUGCUUGAAAAAAGAUUUUGGACGGAAAAUGCUCCAAAAGUGCUCUGAAAAUCCAUUCAUAGGCUUUUGAAGGCGCAGAGGAAGGUUAAAAAAAUGACUUUCAAGAAAGAAAAUCUUAAUUUUCCUAAGCUUCAUGAAAGGCAUUUCGAAGCAGUCUAGCCUGUCUAAACCCUCUCAAUCUCUCACCAAUCGAAAAAUACCGUAGUUCAUUCAUUGGAAGGAACACCCAUGACGUCACCGACUCUGAUGGGAAUGACGUCAUUCGCACUAUAACCAUGAGAGAUAAGAGAUCGCAGACAGAAAAAUAGCCUCUUCAUUGAAAUGAUCCCUUUCAGGCACCUUCAAGCUGGUCAAGACGAAUCUCCAGAGACUGGGCUACGCCAGGGGCGGGGCUUCCACCCAUGCACUGUACAUCUUCGACUCGUCGAUCCGCAACUACGUGCCGUUCGACGAGGAUCGAGCCCGACAAGUUCAACUCGGCACCUAUUCUUUCUAA